CGCUGCCCCCGUGCAGCGCCCAGUCCCCCGGCAGCCGGGGCGGCCCCUCCGGCGUGUCCCGUUGCCGCUCGAGCCGGGCCGGGGCGGGGACACAUCCCGCCUCCGCCGCUUUCGGGGGCGCCGCGUCCCGCUGGCGGCGCCUCAUGGCGCGAUGCAGCUGCAGUGGGAGGGAGAGGAAACCCACCCCCCUCGCCCGGCGGCCGCCUUUGUAAGCGCUCGGCCCAGCUCAGCGCGCAGCGGCUCGGGGAGCGCCGGAGCGCGGCGGCGGGAGCAGAUGGAGCCGGAGGGUUGCCCUUGCUCUCCUUUUCAAAUCAAGUGUCACAUUGACUCCAAUCCUGUGUUGGAAGCAUGUGGGGAACUGCAGCACAUCAGCUCAGGGCAAUGUCUCCAUCAGGCUGGAAGGAAGCCGAAAACCAAAACUGCACUGGCCAAAAUGCAUCCUCUACAGAAACCCCAAGUACCUCCUAAGCCUGUCCAUCUCAAACCUGGGCAGGAAAGAAUUCCUCCUGCACCAUCUCGGCCUUUGCCAGCUGAUCCCAAGUCAUCAAGGAGCUUAGCACCUGGAGAGGAAGAAAUACCAAUAUCAGCAGGAGUCAACACGCUCAUUGAGAAAUUUGAAAGUAUUAGGCAACCUGUACAUAUUCUUCAAAGAAACCAGCUAAAUUUAGCUCUUAAGAUGGAACCUGGCCUGGACUCAUCCAAGCAGACGAGCUUGUGUGACUGUGACACAGUGGUUUCCAGUGACUCUUCCACAAAUGACAAAACUGAAUUGGAUGAAGCUGAGCCCAACAUACUGUGCAGCACAGAUCUAACUAACUCAGAUAUAAUGAAAAUUAAAGAGCUGAGCAUAGGUGAUAACAAAAGCCAUGAAGAUUGUACUGUUGUGACUGUGAGCAAAGAGUCCCAAGUAGAGCUUGGCACUAAGGACUCAACUGCAGAACUGAAUGGGAAUGGUAAAAUUCCCAACAGAGACAGUGGCAUUGACAGUCCUUCCUGUAGUGUAGCUGGGGAAACAUUCCCCAGUGAAGAAGGAGCAGAGCAGAAGAAGCCCAGCAUGGCUGGGAAUCCAGGAGAGAUGGAACCUGACAGAAAGGGCACCAAACCUUCCUCUGUGGAGCAGAAGAGAGAUUCCAUGCAGGAUGACGACAGUGAUAUUGAUGAAGGAAGCAGUGAGGAGCAAGAGAUAGCAGAAGUGCCAAAGUUAGAGUACUUGGAUGUAAACAAGUGUACAGAGCCCCAAAAGCUAUUCAACAUUGCCAAUGAGCUGCUUCACACGGAAGAAGCAUAUGUUAAAAGACUCCAUCUCUUGGACCAGGUUUUUUGCACUAAAUUGUCCAAAGCAGGGAUCUCAUCUGAAGUGAUAACAGGCAUCUUCUCAAAUAUUUCUUCCAUCUAUUGUUUCCAUGGACAAUUUCUUCUUCCUGAGCUCAAAACAAGAAUUACACAAGAAUGGAGUGUCAACCCACGACUAGGAGAUAUCCUGCAGAAACUUGCUCCUUUUCUGAAAAUGUAUGGAGAAUAUGUAAAGAAUUUUGACAGGGCAAUGGACAUAGUGAACACAUGUAUGCAGCGGUCCUCUUCCUUCAAAGAUGUUGUUCAGAAUAUACAGAAACAGGAGGUGUGUGGAAACCUGACCUUGCAGCAUCACAUGCUUGAACCAGUGCAAAGGAUUCCUCGUUAUGAGCUUCUCCUGAAGGACUAUUUAAAGAAACUUCCAGAAGAAUCUCCAGACAGGAAAGAUGCUGAAAAGUCACUGGAGCUGAUAUCGACAGCAGCAAACCAUUCCAAUGCAGCCAUCCGGAAGAUGGAAAAGAUGCACAAGCUUUUGGAAGUCUAUGAGCGCCUGGGUGGUGAAGAGGAUAUUGUUAACCCAGCCAACGAGCUCAUUAAAGAAGGACACAUUCAGAAACUUUCAGCUAAGAAUGGCACAGCACAGGACAGGUAUUUAUUCCUGUUUAACAGCAUGGUGCUGUACUGUGUGCCAAAGCUGAGGCUGAUCGGCCAGAAGUUCAGUGUCCGAGAGAAGAUGGACAUUGCAGGACUACAGGUCCAAGAAAUUGCCAAGCAAAAUGUGGCUCAUACAUUUUCCAUAACAGGAAAAAAGAGAUCAUUGGAACUACAAGCCAGGACAGAAGAGGAGAAGAGGGAAUGGAUUCAUGUCAUUCAAGCCACAAUAGAAAAGCACAAACAGAACAGUGAGACCUUCAGAGCUUUCAAUAGCUCUUUUUCACAAGAGGAGGACCAUCCUCCUGAUUCUUCAAUAGCCAGCACCAGCUCAGCUGAAUCAAUGCCAGGGGCAGAUGGUGGUGGUGCAUUAGGAGGGAGUGAUUCCUCUAGGAAAUCUUCCAAAUCCAAGCGAGACAAAGAGAAACAAUCUUGUAAGAGCUGCGGCGAGAGCUUCAAUUCCAUCACCAAGAGGCGGCACCAUUGUAAGCAGUGUGGGGCAGUGAUCUGUGCAAAAUGCUCUGAGUUUAAGCCACUAGCAGAUAACAGCCGCCAUAAUCGAGUGUGUAAAGAGUGUUUCCUGCAGCUCCCAGCAAGCCCCUGCAGCCCUGGGGUGGAAGCAGUUGGGGAACAGAAGAAAAGACUAGCUGCAGAGAAGCAAGGCAUCCUUAUGGCUGAAAACAGCCUCUUCAGCAGCUACCUCCAGUUUCUUGAGAAAGGGAAGACUUGGUACAAAAUGUGGGUGACCAUCCCUAAGAGUGAACCUCUUGUUCUGUAUCUGCAAGGAAGCAGCCAGCUUGUCAGCAGGAGCACCUCUGGCUUUAAGUAAGUUUGUGUAAUGUUUUAAACAUAGUGCUCAAAGAGGCUGAAAGCUUGAAUUUGGAGCUUCCGCUCCCUUGGCUCCAUCUGUGGUUCCAACCUCACAGUUAGUAUGCCUCCAAUUUGUCCUGCAGACAGUGAGCUGCCUGGUUUCCCUCCUAGUCAGUGGGACAUGCAUGGCUGAAAUUACACAUUGGAAAAGCAAACAGCCUCAGACAAGGCACUAAAACAGAGGCAACAAAUGCAGUCUUUGGCUCUCUCUGGAGUCAGGGUCUGGAGAAAGGAACAAAGCUUUUAAAAGCCAAGCAGAGAGAACAGUGUCACCCACAGAACUUUUCAACUGAUGUGCAAGCUGUGUCUCAGGCAAGGGCCAGCGCAAGCCCUGCAUCCACACAAACCAAGCUAGAUUGUCUCAUACUUGGGCAAGGAGAGUGGGAAUAGAGGGAGAGAAGUUUAAAUUCUUUGGCCUUCCUCACACAGAAACAAUGUGUGUCAUCUAAGAGGUGGCAGGGGUGAGAAGUUGAGAGGAAGCAACACCCCAUACACAGUAUGAUUGAGAAUUUCUCCUACUGCCCAUCUGAUUGUUGCAGUACAGCACAAAUAAUAAUCCAUGGACAUAAAGCACCUGCAUUCAGUGCAAACUCAGUGAUGCUUAAUUCUGCAGGCCCCACCUGACAGUCAUGUAAAACCACAGAUGGAAGCUGGAAGAACUUCUCUGCUUCAGUUGCUAUGUACUUUGUCCAUGUCCUGCCAAAUUUGAUCUUGAGCCUCUGCUGAUAUUAUUAGUAAGACCCUAUUUUUUUUAGGUGAAAAGGGUGCCUUUGGCACUGAUUGUCAAUUUUAUGAUAGUUAAAUGUAGAGAUUAGUGUCCUCAACUAUUUCAGGGGUGAGACAAUUCUCCCAAUAAAGUAUCAAGAAAGCAAAAGAACAAGGUUAUUUAUGUUACAUUCCAAAACCAGUAUUUACUGUCAGGAAUGAGACUAUAAACAACAAAAGUUAUUCCUUUCUUCAAGGGCCUGCCAUUCCCAUUUGUAUACUUCAAUUUGCAUCCAACUGCAAGAAAAAAUUAGGAAGUCUUAUUUCUUGAUAUUAAUCCAACAUUCUUGUUAAUUCUGGUUUACAUAGGAUACACUAAACUUCUGAGGAAAAUCUCUUCCAGAGCUUCAUUACUGGUGUCUGGAAUCAGUUGGGAGCCACUCAUAUGCUUAAAAUAUUAUUUUCCCAGACAUAGUUCUGUUUUGCACAACCAUCUCCAUGGAUCUCACAGACUUCUUUAGACAUGCAAUGAAGCAUUUCAGUGCCUGAGAUGUGUCUUUUGGGAAUAAUAUUGCUAACAAUAGUAUUAAAGGUCUUGAAACAAACUUAUUUUCUAGAAGUUUGAAAGUUGGAGGAUUAUUGUUAAGAAGAACAGAAAUAAUAGCUGCCUUUUGGGAAGAAGGAGCAAACCAAGCUGAAUCUGGAGCUUUGAACACAGUGAAAGCUUCUUCCUCUGCACUCCUGGCCCUUACGCCAAAGAAGGGAUGUUAGUGCGGGCAGAAACAUGGCUCACAGAUUGAAAAUAGCAAGAAAACUGCUCUUUUUGCUCUUUUGUUCCAGGAGAAUGAAUUUGUCCCCUGAGUGUUCACAGUUCAAUUCUUGCGUAAGACUUUUACACAUGAGGAUUCCCAGCUUAUUUAAGUUUGAGAAUCAUACCAAUUUGAUUUUUCCUCAGAUGGAGAAUUUGUACAGCUGUUUGUCAUGCUUAUCUCAGUGAAAUUAUAAGAGUUUACUUAUAAGCAGAGACCACUUCAAGUGUAAGGAGCAGCAGUUUUAAGAUAAAUCAGUAUUUUCAAGGGCUCCACCUGGACCUUCUGCCCCAGUUGGCCUUGUAAAAUGCACAGCUACUUGCAAAGCUCUGACAUUAACUUACCUGAGUGAGACAUGCAAAGGCUUCCAGGACAGCUGGAGAAGUAAUAGAUUUUGGAGAAAUAUGAAGGGCAAAACUAGUAUAGCUAGAGAUAGUAUAUUUAUAUAUAUAUCAGAUCAAGCUUGAUCCAAGAGAAAAUGUUGCUUUUUAAAGAGAAAUUUUUCAUUCAUCAUCUAAAUGUGAUUUACCUUUAGAAAAUAAGAGAGUAGCUGAGAUUGAAAUUGAGCUCAGAGUUUUUGAGAUGUGGGUUUUUUUUUUUUUGCUUGCCUGUUGAUCCUGUUUAGUAGAAGCUUUACCUGGCCCUGCACUAAAAUCUGCUUGCCCUUUUUUGGUCCUGAAGAUCACAGGAGUCUCUCAAUGACUUGUGUAAGGUUGGGGUUAGAUCAUGAGUGGAUAAAGAGGGGAGUUUGAGUAGAAAAAAACAGGGAUUUUCUAAGCCCACUUGGAAGUAGGAGGGGGAAAAUGUCAUUGGUGGGUCACUCUUGUCCAAGAGGGCUUAUACGUGUCAAAGAGCUGUGCAUGUAUGCAGGGGUGCCUGAAACAGAACUUCCUGUGUGGUGGAACUGAAUUGUCUGUUCCCAAAUCUUAAACUCUGUGUGUUGCAAUGGCUGUAACAAAGCAAUUAAUACAUGCUACUCUAAUUACCUAGAUAAAUAACCCAUUUGUGUUAUGCUGCUGAGCGUCAGAAUGAGGUGCAGAUUCUUGUGAUUGCUGACAGUAUUAUACAUCUGCUAAAUUUUUAUCUAUCACUCACUCACUAUCUGAGGAAAAUUAUUGUAAUCAGCCCUAAAGUGAAGCUCUUUCAGCACUGGGUAUUUUGGUUUGAUGAAAUACCAGUAUUAUGCAGUCAUAUUAUAUUGCAUGAAUAAAUAUUUUUUUAAAAUACAAUCCAACCAGCCAAAUCCUGUAGGCUCUUAAAAUGACAACAUGAAUUUCAUCUCUCAUAUAAGGCCUGUAAAUCCUACUUACAUGCUCAGUAUAAGGCUGGAAUUCCUCAUGGGUGCAUAAUAGCCGCUGGAUUUGCUGGGCUUCAGGUAGGAGGGAAGGGCUCAGCAGCAAAGGACAUCCACAGAUGCUGCUGGUGCCAAAAAGAAGUCUGGACUGGGGUUGGGGUAUUCCUCAAGGCCAAAUGCUUCACUUUUACCUCUCAGUAGUACAGCUUUUCAGAGAUAAUGUAAAUCCCUUCCUUUUGGAUCAGGCAGGUACAGGCAAAGUGUCAAGGGCAGCAUAUUGAGGGAGGAUGCAAGACCAAA